UGCAUCCAAUGAGCUCUAGCUAACAGCGGCACCUGUGUCAGGUAAGUCCAAGCUGAGUGACAAACAGCAGCUCAGUGAUGACCUAGUCCUCUGACAGUAAACCAGGAGGACAGACUCUUGCUCCAUCUGGCUGCUGCUCAUGACAGAGCCAACAAGGCAGCUGCUGGACCACAUGAGGACUAUGGAUUACUGUGGACUCAAUCUGAACCCCAUCCCUAUUUCUUUAAACUUUAUUAAUAAAGUUGCAAUUAUUCAACAAACAAAAGGACAAUAAGGAUAAAGUCAAAGUAUAUAAUCCAAGUAUAAUUCAAAAUUUAUUAUUAAGCAGUUGAAAUUUCAAGUUACUAACUGUGCCAUGUCUCUUCUUCUGGUCCGUGUGCCAAAACAGACAAAGCGCUCCGAACCCAAGCAGAACACACUUUUAUUAUGAGACACAGAAAGAGAAUAUUCAUAUCACUGGUUGAGAGUUUGGGGGAGUUUGGGGGAAGACUGCAGUUUAAACUUGGUCCCCCUGGUGUGGGGACCUAAGGGAUGGCCCUUAGGUCAUCUUACACUUUAUGCAGCGAGCUUCUCCCUGUGAUAGGAAGAAAACUCUCCCCACUUCACCAUGGCAACUGCCUCUUGUUCUCUGGUCAGCCCUGUAGAGAGCAAGAAAGAAGAGGAGCGGGAGAGCUCCGCCAGACUUUAUAUCUUAUAGUUUCUGUGCUUUGCUGUGCCAUACAGAACAGCAUCCUAUCACAACCCCCACACAUUCCUUGGGGCGGUGUCUUCUAUUUGUUUGUGUCUGUUAGUAUCAGUAUGUACCAGUCUACUUUCAAUGCUCUAUUCUACAAUACCUAAACGUGUGACUAAAAUUAUUAAGUAGUUUAAAAAUAAAUAAACUCCACCACAUGUGAUGCUCCUCAGCCUCACCUGCUCAUCAUUGAAUGCGCAACCUUUUUCUCAUGGCUUUCUGAUCAGUUGAUCUGCUGGCUCACAGGCGGUUUACUUCUGGCUAAAAAUGUCCCUCACAACCAGAAAGUAGCAAGGAGACGACGGCGCACGCUCACAACUCUCCUCUGACUCCGACAGCCUCCGCUUCAGCAGGGGCGCUGUUCGCUCUCCCCGCUCCGCGCUCCUCGACGCGGAACUCGCAGCGUGUUUACUUUCCCACUGGCUCUCUUUGUCCCGGAGGCUCCCGGUGGGGAGAAGCCGCAGAAUGUGCGCCGUGCAGCUGCUGCGGGUGUCGGUCCACGAGCGGAUUAGCGCCGCCGCCGAAGAUUUCCUGCUGCGGCUGGAGAAGGGAGAAGAUGCAGCCGAGCUCCCGGCGCUGAGAGCGCUGCUGACCGAGCGGCUGACAGCGGCAGCGGAGGAGAUCGUCGCUCUGUUGGAGGAGACCGUGGCGAGGUACCAGGACAGAGUGGAACGCUCAGAGCGGGAGAUCUGCCGCCAGAGGAGGCUGCUCGAUGCCGUGCUCAAGCCCGAAGUCCGGCUGCACGCGGCAGUGUUUCCUUCAGAUGUUCAGCAGCCGUUGGGGAGCAAAGAUGAAGUUUCCCGUGAACACCAGGAGAAGAGCUCCAGUCUGGACCCGGGGGAAGACCCAGUGCCCCCACAGAUUAAAGAGGAAGAGGAAGAAGCCUGGGCCAGUCAGACAGGAGAACAGCUUCAGGACCUGCAGGUGGCUGAAAUCACCACGUUCACAUUCAGCCCUGUGCACGUGAAGAGUGAAGAUGAUGAGGAGAAGCCUGAGUCCUCACAACUUCAUCACUGCUGGACUGAGGAGAGCAGAGGCUCUGAGGGAGGACCAGAAGCAGACAGGAACUCAGAUCCAGAUCCACUGUUACAGCCUGUUAGCGAAGACAACUCUCUGGACUCGACUGAAACUGAUGACAGUGACUGUGACUGGACACAAACAAAGGAAGCCCAGUCAGGUAGAGAUGUUAAAAAUCCUGACAGUGAUGUUGGCACUGCAGUCAAGGAGAGACCAUUUCCCUGCUCAUAUUGUGGGAAAAGAUUUAGCCUUAAGGGAAAUUUGAACAGACACAUAAGAGACCACACAGGAGAGAGACCAUUUCCCUGCACAGACUGUGAUAAGUCAUUUAAAGACAGUGGCUCCUUAACAGCACACAUGCGAUGUCACACUGGGGAGCAACCAUACAGCUGCUUGUUCUGUGGGAAAAAUUUCAGUGGGAGGGGAAACAUGACCAGACACAUGAGGAUCCACACGGGAGAGAAACCGUUCACCUGCUCAGUGUGCAAUAAAAGUUUUCAUGUUAAAGAACAUCUCAAUAGACACAUGAAGUACCACACAGGGGAGAAACCUUUCAGCUGCUCCGUCUGUGGGAAAGGCUGUGCUCAGAAAACAGACCUAAAGAAGCACAUGAGAGUUCACACAGGAGAGAAACCCUUCAGCUGUCCUUUCUGUGGAAAGUGCUGCGCAGAAAAAGGAGACCUAACCAAACACAUGAGAGUCCACACAGGAGAGAAACCAUUCAGCUGUAAUAUCUGUGGGAAAAGCUGUGCCCAAAAGGGGAGCCUGAAGAUCCACAUGAGGGUUCACACAGGAGAAAAACCGUUCAGCUGCUCUGUUUGUGAGAAACGUUUCACUGUUACGGGACAUCUAAAGAGACACAUGAAGCUGCACACAGCAGAGAGUCAUCCGCCUGGGUCUGCAGAGUCACAUUCAGGCAAAAGUAGAAAAUGAUGAGUCAGCAAACACAUUGUAUUGCAAAACGGCCUUCUCAGACUGAUCAGCUGUUGCUGGAGAUGGAACUGAUAAAACAUACAAUCAUUUACAAUGAAGAGGAUACAAUGAACGAGAAUGUUUCUUUGUUCUACAACCAAAUCAAAACAGGCUUAUAAAAAGUGGCGAGUUUUGAUAGGAGCGUAAUAGUUUGUCUUUUUACCAGGAGCUGUGAAUGCAUCUCCUACAAAGCUUGAUGUCCUAUUUAUUAAAAAGUGCAGGGGAAAAUAUGUUUCACAGGAAUCUGACAAGUUUGAAAAAAAAGUACAUCCUCAUAUGCACUUUUUUCCAGAUGCAGUGUUCCUUUUAAUAAACCACCAGGAAGGGCAUUUAUAUGGAUCACCCUGGUAUUCACCGGCAAACUCUCACAUUCAACUUUAAAUGUUCAAGAAAAAGGUCUGCAUGCACAAGUGUUACUGCAGUAUUUGUACGUUUGCAACAAUCAGAUUUAUUAUUGUAGGGUCAAAGCACCUUUGGUUGACUGUUGUUGUGAACUUGCUAUUAUUUAAUUAAAAUUAAACUCAGCAAAUCUGCAGCUUUCCAAAUGAAUGUUGCGAUAUUGUUUGAAAUUGAAGCUUUGAUGAAUCUGGUUUAAUUUUUUUUUUUUUUUUUUUUUUUUUAAUAUCGUGAACAUGGCCCUUUAUGAUCAGAACAAGGAUGUGCUAAAUUGUAGGCAUCCAGAUGUGGAGAAGAAAAGUCAGGUUUUGUAGAAAGGUCACAUCACAAUCACAUCAAGAUUUUAGAAAUGGGAGUGGAAAGUGCCAUAAAUCCUGUUUAUAAAUGAGAACCUAGUUGUUUGGUUUGUGUUGGAGAGGCACAACAUCUGACUCAAAUGAAAGGGCACUGAAGUCCAAAGAGAAAAUUUGUGGUUUUAACGUUUAGUCGCAAAAUUAUCAGUUGAGUUUGUACUGAAGAACGUCCCGCAAACCACUUAAUGAAGAGUUUGGUAGGAAUCAUCAGUAGAUUCAUGACUCAAGUGAUAUAAAUGACAUAUCAUGUACUUUGAAAAAGUCUUCACUCUGCUGUCCUGCUACAGAAACCGCUUUAGUGAAGGUUAUACAUUAUCUUCUCAUGCCCUCUGACAGUGGACUUAUCUCUGUGCUUGUCCUGCUAGACCUCAGUGCAGCGUUUGAUACUGUUGACUAUAAUAUUCUAUUAGAGCGAUUAGAGCAUGCUGUAUGCGGCGCUGCAGCGGUUUGAAUCAUAUCUAUCUAAUAGACUGUAAAUGGGAGUUCUCUUCACACACUAAGGCUAAUUAUGGAGUUCCUCAUUAAUUAUGAUACUGCCCCUGGGAUAGCACAUAUUUUCACUGCUAUGCAGAUGAUACCCAACUUUUUUUAUCCAUCAAAAUCGUAAAAAUUAAAUAUGUGUUUCAACCUCUGUGGACCCACAACAACAAAUCACAACAGCAGUCGCAUCAAGGUGCUUUAUAUUAUAAGAUGAAGAUCUAACGAUAAUCGUAUUUACUGUCUCUGAGGCUCAGACUGACUUUCUGUCAGAUUUAUGGAAACAUAAGUUUGAGUUUGAAAAGGAUUCUGGAAGAAUCAGGUCUCCAGCUCAUUUUAUAUCCACAGCUGUAUAAAUCAACGUUUAGAGCUGAUUUCACUGAGAAACAAAUGGAUUCAGCUUUAUUAUCCCAUCAGUGAUCUCUUACAGAACAACUUUUUUCAAUGAACCUGCGAGGAGCUGCACACUGUAAAAAUGAUAAAACACCCGUGUGUCUCUAAGAAACACUAACCUGGUUUUCUUAAAUUACUUUGCCAGAAAAAUAUUUGCAGCAGUUUUCAUUUGUUUUUUUUACAGUUAAAUUCAUAUAUAUAUAUAUAUAUAUAUAUUAAUUUAAUACGAUGUAACACUAGAGUAAAUGUAAAAAAUCUUUUAUGUGAAAACCUUUAACAGAAAAUUAAAAAUAGUUAAAUGAUAAUUCCUGCUGUGUUUUCCUUUAUUGUAUCACUGACUCAGCUGUGGACUUUUUCCAUGGAAUUUGUUCUGUCUGGUGUCACUGAGCUGAGAAUCAAAUCAGUGGGAGAUUUCUGGUCAGAGCUCAGUCAAAGGUCAAUGGAGGACCACAAGAGCCACACACAUCGAAAUAAAGA